AUGGAGUUUGGGUUGACAUGCCAGCAUUACUUUUGGAAAGAAGCUUCUAUUAUUUUUUUCACAAUAGGGGCUAUUGUUACUGUUCCUAUAACCUCGACUCUGGCAGAUAGAAUUGGUCGGAGGCCUGUUUUGUUGGGUUCAUUAAGCAUUACAUUUGUUGUUAGUAUAUUAGCAGCCCUAGCUCCGAAUUUUGAAAGUUUUCUGCUUUGCCGAUUCAUAAUUGGUGGAGCCAGUGAUACAUACAUAUCAAUAGUAGCAAUACUUACCUGUGAGCUCAUAUCAACACAUAGUCGGGCAUGGAUAUCAUUAGUUUACACAUUGGCUUGGGCUCUAGGAAUGUUUUAUGUCGGUUUGUUGUCUCUCUUUGUCCACGAGUGGAGAUGGAUGUAUAUGAUGAACUCUAUUCCUAGUAUUUUCUUUGUUUUAUAUUUUUAUUGGAUGCCAGAAUCACCUCAUUGGCUGGUGCUGAAAAAACGGGCGAAAGAAAUUAAACAAUACAUCAAAACAUCUAACAAAUGGAGUAAUUGCGAAAUAGACAUCCAGAAGUGCUUAGAUAGUGACAGUUUGCCUACUGAAGACGAAGUUCAUCAAAACCCAAAAUUUUCUGCCGUUUUUAAGAACGCAACUAUCAGAAAGUAUAUUGUUAUAAAUGGUUUUAUCCAAUUCUGCUUGGCCUUAUAUUACUUCGGAAUAUCUUUCAUGUCUGUUGACCUGAGUGAGAAUCGUUUCACAGCAUACAUGAUAUCAGCGUUUGUUGAAAUUCCAGGUGGCCUAAUGGUAAUUCCCUUGAUGAUGUACUUUGGAAGAAGGGAAGUCAUAGGAUUAUCUUUGAUUGUCCAAGGAGUACUAUUGGCUGUCGUUCCAUUCUUUUCAAGUCCAGUUUGGGUUCCUACUUUCUUUAUGUUGGCAGGAAAACUAGUGAACAGCGUAGCAUAUACCAUACACCCGAUCUAUGCUUCUGAAAUGAUGCCGACCUCAGUUCGGUCAUUUGCAUUUUCAAUUAUUAAUAUACCUCAAAGCCUGGGUAUAAUCAUUGCUCCAUUAUUUAAGCACAUUGGAUCAACUUCAACAGGAACAAGUUGGGUCAAGUUUGUAGUCGUUGGAGCUUGCUGUUGUGUAGGAGCUAUUUCUCUUCUUUUUUUGCCCGAGACCAAGGACUGCAUGAUGCCUUCUAAUAUCAGUGAUGAGGAAGACUCGCAGAAGAUCUGUACACCUAAACCUACGAAACCGACUACAGAUCGACUGGUUGAGCAGAUACAAACUUGA